UCACCAGGUUCAGCCUCAGCGCUCGAAUCGACCUCUUUCGUCUCGCUCCUCUCUAUUUUCCAUCUGCCCGGCAGACCGAGUCCGGCGACGCAAUGUUGCCUCUAUCGGUGCGGCGCGCGGUGGCCGCUGCUCCUCAGGGGGCAAGUGGGCUGACUUCUCUCGCCGCGUCGGCCCCAAAGGUCGCAGCCUCCAGCUUCAUUCUGAAUCGCCCUCAGCGGCGCUAUUCCUCGUCGAAGCCCUCAAGAUCCGAUGAGCCCAACGAUAUCUCUGCCGGCCAAUCGGUACCGGCAUCUACCUCUCGCGGAGAGAGCAAAGGCAGCAGAAAACGAAAGACCAAGGAAUCAUCCGACCGAAAUGCGGCUUUCAAGAAGCUACCCAGUGUCCCCAGCACUCACCACAUGUCCCAGGAAGCCCUGAGCUUAUCGAGCUUCUUCUCACUCCACCGUCCUAUUUCCAUCACACAGACCAUGCCCAGGACUGUUACAGACGAGCACUUUGCAUCCAUAUUUGCGCCUCGAUCAAAGUCGAGCAGGAUACGGGACACUGUUUCAACGCUCUCUGACACCAUCGACCAGCUGGAAGGCCCCAUGGCGCAGGUCACAAUAGGAUCUCAGGAUCAAGGGGCUGGCGAUGGUAUGCACAGAGUUGAUGUCAAGAAUCCCGACGGAACCGAGUCGAGCAUCUACCUCCAGGUCGAUACCAUGUCUGGAGAAUUCCUGCCAUUCCGCCCUCCUCCGUUGCCUGAGGCGCAGCAAGGCGUUGAGGCUGAUGCAGCUGCGGCUGAGACUGAGGCUUUGGAAGAGGCAGCUCACCACCGAGUUUACAAGGCCAUGUUCACCAUUGAGGAGUCCACAGAGCCAGAUGGCCAGAUCAGGAUCAUCGCCCACAGCCCUCGAAUUAUCCAGGACGAGCAGCCCCGGAGCUUCUUGGAGCGUCUGGCUGUCCGCCAACUGCGUUUUGACCAAACUCGCGGUCAGCGCGACCUCUACGCCAUCAGCGUUAAGCGACAACGAAAACUCAAGAUGAAGAAGAAGAAGUACAAGAAGUUGAUGAAGCGAACAAGAAACCUGCGCCGCAAGCUGGAUCGAACCUAAGGAGCUGUGCUUGGGCCGUGUAGACAUUCACAUUUAUUGUUUUCCUAUAUUGCGUUGGGAUUUGACUGGUUCUUGGGUUGGUGUCUGUCUGGGGUUGACGGCUUUUUGUCAGCCAUGAGUUACGCAACGCGCUCCUGAGACUCUUUCUCUUCCAUAGACUGGCGAAGAUAACAGUUGUCAUGUGCUGUGGUGCAUGACCGGGGACACGGCCAUUUCCCGUUAGAUCGAAUUUGUAAAAUUAGUAUGAAUAAGAUGAACAUGUAUCAACACAUUUGAUGAAU